GCGACCUUUCUCUGCUUUAUUGAAAACCCACCACCGUGUCAAGCCCUCCGUCUUCUCUUUCACUGAAGAAACCCAAACACAGCUUUUUUCUCCAAAAUUAUGCCUCAAGAUCUUCCUGGGUUUUACUAUGAUGCGGAGAAGAACAGAUACUUCCCCAACAAGGGCCCAGUACCCGGCUCUCGUUGUACUAAAGCUGCUGCUGCUUCUUCUUCUUCUAGUGAUCAGAAACUGAACCAGGUAGCCAACAAAUGUAAGCGAACAAAAGUAAAAACUUCUAAGUUGCUUCAGGCCAGGGAGUUAUAUGGUAAUGUCAUUGCUUUCAGUAAAGGGAGGUGUAACUUCAAGGAGGAAUUUCUAAAGGCACAAGCAUCCCAUCCUGUGGUAUGGAAGUAUCUGGGAACAAAGAAGCUAGGUGAUGCUGCUUUGGAGCGAAUAAACAUUGAAGUACAGACAGGAGAGGGUCUAAUUGAUACAGAUUUUCUAUUAGCAGGUGGCAGAGAUGGCUCUUUAAGGUUUUUUGCACUUGGAGAAGUCGGGCAGGGUUUUCAUUAUGGGGAGAAAUGCUUGCCAGACCUUGUAUGGCCUCUCUUAAACACAAGUCAAGUAGAAUGCAGAAAUGUGCCUGGGCACAUAUGUAGUCCACUCCAAGGUACAGCUCAGAUGCCAUCAAGUAUAUCUUCUAUAAAAACAUUUGGCAAGCACAGCACAGAAAAUGACGGUUCUAGCAUCCAGAAUGCUCUUGUAUCUACACUGGGGGCAGAAGACCGUCGUGGAUCUCUUUUUGUUAUUAACCUUACCGAACUAUUAGAUUUUCGUCCAAAUAGACUUGUCUUAAGAUCGAGCUUUAAUGAAGUUGCAACUUUCAACUGCACUGUUUGGACAUCAGAUUGUAGAUCCGAUGGGAGUUGUGCGGUGAUUGGUACCAAUGCGGGAGCUGCUUCGGUGGAUCUGGAAACUGGGGUAAAAUCAUGGUUGUUGCACAGUAAAAGUGAUGUUUUGGCACAACAACUUGUUCACUCGGGAAAUGUUGUUUUAUGUGGACUCAGAAAUGGAGCGAUUGUAACAGUUGAUGUACGUGAGAAACAGAAAGUGUUUUCUGCAAGACAUGCUAGUCAUAUAAUACAGCAAUCACCUUUGGAUAGUACUCUCGGAAAAUCUAGGAAACAAUGGUUCAAGCUUUCUGGAAAUAUACACCCUUCUCAUACAAUAAAAUUGCCAUCAUCUAUUGCAUGUUUAGUAUCACUUCAGUUUGAUGAUCAGUACUUCUUGGCAAGCUCCAUGGACGGAACGAUUAAGCUUUAUGACCACCGCAUAAUCCAAAGAGGAGCUGUACAAACGUACGAGGGGCAUGUGAAUUCCCAUACUCGUUUGCAGCUUGGGGUUGACCCAUCUGAGCGAUUUUUUAUAUCAGGUGGAGAGGACUGCAAUUUAAGACUUUGGAGUAUAAAGUCCGGUGAACUGCUUUUUGAGGACAAGUUAACAAAUACAGUCACCUCAACUGUGUGCUGGCAAAAAGCUGAAUCGUUUAAAGGAUUGCAGGAUGAAAGACAAAGCUAUGACAAUAUAAAACAUGAUAGCUUGGGUGCUUGGCUUGGAUCGAUGGAAGGAAUAUUUUACAUGGACUGGGAACUUUGAUGCCAGUACUAUGGUCUUCCUCUAUAAUCUUAUUAGAAACAUUCUCGUAGCACAGCUAUACAUUUUCUAGUUAGGCUUCUGGGUUUUGCAACUUCAUGCAUGGUCACCAGGCAUGAAGAUGAAUAGCAAGGCAAUGCUGUUGUCAAAAGGAUGAAAGCAAAAUUACCCUUUCAGCUGAGAUGCUCGGACUCUUCACCUUGAGAAGAUUAUGUUAGAAUGUAAAACAACUGUUAAACAAAGUGCCAGCGGCUUCCUAGAUUUUUAUUUUUACUGUUUUGUCAGUAUUUCUUUUGUAAAAAAGUUAAUUGUCAGUCUGAACAUUGCAGCUAUCAACGUGGUAUAUCAUAUGUGAAAUCAGAUGGGAAUUUUGUGAUA